UACAGAAAGUUUUUGCGUUAAUAAUAUUUCAUUAUUUUAAGAAAUUUUAAAUUUGGUUGUCAUAUCAUAACUUGUAAGUAGCACAUUGCAUGUACUACCUAAGGAAAUUGCUCGAGCCUUGCAACUAACUUGUGCCCAUUGACGGAGCAGGUUUGAGAUACGGGAUAUUUAGCCAGAAGCUUAGCUAAUUCAAUCGGUUCUUAGAAAUUUCAGCGUAGCGCUUAUUUUAGUGGCAGGUUCUGCUAGUAUCUGCGACAGGUAUUGAUGUAGGUAAGUCGCAAGACUUUAAUGACAAUGAAUCUUGCAUAUGUACUGAAAUUGCUUUUUUCGAAGGGGUUACAAGCGUGAUCAAGCACAAGUCUUUUAUUGAUCCAACUAAUCUCAUUAUUCAAAUACGUAAUCUUUAGAAUGUAUCUGCUUCUAUGUUACAAAUUUCCCGUCACGUCUAUGCUGUAAAGAACCUAAAGUAAAUUAAGUGAUUUUUUAUUUUUUUUACGAAUUUAUGAAUCUGGUACCCUGUUUGGCAUGUUACUUAUUACUCGUUCAAUCUCAAGCCCAAGUAUGACGUAUAUAAUGUAUGCGAUUUUAUUUUAUGUUUUGCAUAAUGCCCGACUGUUUUGAAAGAUGGAUAGUUCGUAUAGUUCAUAAGAAAAACAAAUGUAAUAAAGGGUGACGCCAUUUACCAUCUACCGCUAAAUACAAUACACUACCCUUUGCCAUUGACUCCCAUUUCAUCCGUUACAAAUAAUGUUUAUCGUUAGUGCCACAAAUGCCUGAAUGCAGUUUGAAUAUAUUAUAUUUUAGCUAUAUUAUUUAUCUGUAUGGAAAAAUGUGUAUAGCUGUCUAGUGUGCAUGAUGCCAUUAACAAUUAGGUACUGUGGCUUUCAUGGACAAGAAGAGACUAUUUUUUCUCACACUUUCUUUACGCAUAUAGAAGUGUUGCUCAAAGAAAUGCCGCGGCUGGCUGUUCUUAUGAAACUAUAUAUUGAGAUUUUCAGCGAGUAUUCUUAUUAAAUUUUGUUUCCGCGCUGGCUAUUAUCUGCAUUUGAGUUAUACUAUUGAUCCAGCCAGGUGUGCUACAGUUGUUACAAAUAUUACUUUAGGAGCUGACUAUGAAGGCAAAUGGUAUUAUAAUUAAUUCGAUUAAAACUUUUACCCGAGGUGACACCGACAGUUUGCUUAGAUACUAGUAAAGGUGUUUUGAAGCACUGGUGUUCGUUGUAAGCCAGUAAUGACGUAAUCCAAUUUUGAAUAAGUAGAUGAAUCAAUUAAGAUUUUUUUACCAAUUUUUUAAAGUUGUAAUUAAAUGUAGCCUAGCACAGGACACCCGUACGCAGCAGUCUGGUGCCAAAUAAACCGCGGUAAAUCAGUCAGAGGUUUGACAUAGGUGUAAUUUAAUUAGAUCAUGUUGAAUAACACAUCCGAGUGCCAUACGUUAGCUUAACGGGAUCGUAAACUGUUUUUGUAGCGCGGCGUUAUGUAAGCAAGCGCGUAGCGCAUCUUAUAGCAUAAAAUUGUACGGUAGUUGAAAUUAAAUAACGCGCCGCUAGACAAUAAAAUUUAGCUGACAAAGAUUUAAAUCUCUAGAAACUUGCGGAUGGAACCCGGUGAAGCUUACUUCAAGAGAAAUAAAUCUAGAAGUAAGUAUGUAUUAGUUUCGAAAGUCCUCAUUCAGUGCUCAAAUUUUCGCUUAGAGGCCACAGCACUGUGGAAAUCCAUCGAAGAUUGGUGAAAAGAUUUAGCGAGGCCUUAAGCGAAUUCACAGUACGUGAGUGGUGCAAAUAUUUUAUGAAAGGAUAUUGGAGUUUUGCAGGAUAGUGGGUAGUGACCAGACAUCGGCAUCCAAACGAAAACGCACUGUCGCAAUCAGCGAGGUUUUAUAAAAGCAGAGUUUGGAGUUUGAUGGCUCAGUCUGCUAAAACUAGCGUUGUACAUAUAACGUAUCUCGAAAUUAUAACGCAGGUGCUGAAAAUUCGGAAUAAAUAAAAAAUGGAUCCUCCGUGAAUUGAUCCCAGAAAAAUGCGUGUAAUGUAUUUCACGUGCAAUAUACAGAACUUGACUUAAAAGAAGAUCCGUCUGCGGUAUAUGAUUGCCGUAGACGAAGUCUUGGAGGACGCGUGGUUCAAUCUACAUCAGUCGGAGGAGGAUCAAGCGAAAGAAUCGCGUCGCUAUAGAGAGAAAAGCGUGUGGUGGCAGUUGAAUAGGUUCGGACGUAAGGUGAAGCGGUACUUGCAAUAGACAUCGGGGGCAUGUGCUACGUAUGAGAAAACGAAUGCGAAGUAUGUAGCUAUCCAGAAGCUACCGGAACGUCAUAGCAAGGAUGUUAGAGGCAAAGAAAUACUAAUAACACAUUAAAAAGCAUCCCUUUAGCUUAACUGCUUCAAAAAUUAUUCGACUUUGAAGCUUACCGGAUUUGCUUGUGAUAGUUAAUACUAAAUUUUGCUAGUACCGUGUUUUUAUAAGAUACAUAUGUUGUUUUCUAUUGUAGUACCAAGUAGUUAAGGAGCACGAAAAAAUAGUGAUUAGUGAGAUUAGUGUCAUUAGCGAAACAUAGCUAAUGUAUGAUAAGUGCAUUUGGAUUUCAUAGAACUUGUUUCUAUUUCAGUUUAAUUUACUGAUAGAUAAACUUAAGUAUAAGUACUCUAUUUUAUAGAGGACGAUGUUUCUUGUGACGUUCUUAUGAUAAUUAUUAGUAAAUGUACUCAUUUUUUCAUUCCUCUUAUUAAUUAUGGGCAUAAACAUGUGCCAGCUGUAAUAUAGUUUUAUUAAUUAACGGUAUACGCCAUAUAGUCAUUACAAUCAUGCUGUCUGAGUAUCGGUUUUACGAGUAUUUUAAAUUGCAAGAUUAGAAGUUUAUUUGUCUACGCCUGUCUUAGACAAAACGGGAUUUACAUUACCUGCGGUAUUCAUGUUCGGUACUUAAGAUGUCACUGUUUAAGCCGUCUAGACUUUUCGUUAUAUUUUCAUACUUUUUCCUACAAACUUGUUUGGCACCUGGCUUCGGCUGACCUAAAAACUAUUAGAACAUCUUUGAUUUGGUCAAUGAAAUUCAUAUACCUCGACGAAUAUACAAUAAUUAAACUUCGUAUUCUCAAUUCCCGUAUAGCGGCAUUUUACUGUAGGUUAUGAUUUCGACUUGUGCGAAAUACUUAGAACUUUUUUCGGUACUUGUAAUUUCUGGUUUCUAGGUGCACAUUUGUUCUUGUAGUAGUAUCACACAUACUAUAACUGGGAUGGAAAAUUGAUCAAAUUUACAUGAUCGUCAACAAAAGUUUGACAUAAUCAUUUGCUAUGAUUAUGUCAAACUUUUGUCAAAAAGCGCAUGGUUAGAGAUCUGGCGAGUAGUAUACAGAGCAACAUCGUGAAUCUCACACCUUGGAGGGUGCUCGACCUAGACAUACUUUAAAUUAUGAUGGAAAUGGUUUUUCUCUUUUUGAUGGUGUAUUUGCACGAUUCACUACCAAGAAAAAAUAAAUGUUCAUCCGUUAGAUAUUUGUUCAGUAUUAUAGCAUGUUCUUUGCUUUAGAAUUUUUGACAUAUAUAAAGGUUUAUCUGAGCGAAUCUCAUGUUGCUAUUCAAAAUAAUAGUUAUUUGAUUUCAAAUAUAAUUAGAUGGUUCUGACGAAUCGUUGUUGAGGCAUUAUGUGCACUUGAUAUAAAAGACGCGUCAAGAAUAAUAUACUUCACAACUAUAUUUGAACAAUGUUGUUGUUGCGGAGGUAUCGCCAUUAUGAUUUUCCCUAUUGUUAUAUUUGUCGGUAUGCACAUUGAAUUUGUUCUUUGCGCACUGUUUAUUUCAAGGUGAAGUCGGUAUAUGAAAUAUCCGUUGACACAGAGAAGUGCUGCAGAUCCCGUAAAAUAGAUCUAAACUAUGCAAAAACAUUCAACCGAAGGAGAUGGCAGCCACGAAUCGUCGCCUGGAAGCAGACCAGGCUCGUUCCUACCAGUUGGAGAUGUUCGAGUUCGCCAAGAAACACAACACCAUUGUAGUCUUAGGCACCGGAACGGGAAAAACGUUCAUCUCUGUGCUGCUUAUCAAGCACUUCGAACAUCAGGUGGCAGGUAAAUGGUCGGCUGGACCUGAAAAUCUUGGCAGCAAACGUACGAUCUUUUUGGCUCCCACCGUCCCUUUAGUGGAACAGCAGGCCUCUGUUCUUAAACAACAUCUCUCAGUUGAAGUCGGCCACUUUGUAGGCGCUAUGCAGGUUGAUCUUUGGUCAUCAGAGGAGUGGAACAAUAAUUUCGAGAAAUACGGAGUGCUCGUAAUGACCCCAGGAGUGUUCAAAAACGUGUUACUUCAUGGAUUCAUGUCGCUUGAAAGCGUAAAUGUGCUUAUUUUCGACGAAUGCCAUCGUGCUACCGGAGAUGACCCGUAUGUAGGGAUAAUGAAAAUAUACAAAGAGAUACCUGCUGAGUCACGUCCUCUUAUACUAGGUCUUACUGCUUCUGUCAUCAAUGCACAGGUACGAGAAGGGAUAAAAGUGUGCAAACUAAUUCGUGAGCUCGAGGCUACUUUGUUUGCUAGAGCCAAAACGGUCACUGGCACGGACGUAUUUGGAACUAAACCACAUGAAAUUGUUGCAGUCUUUGCGAACCACAGUCCAGACAGCAAUUUGCACGUCGAUCAGGACUUGGUGAAUUCAAUGGAAGAUUGCGCAGAUUUCAAGGAAUUCCGUAGAACGAUAACCGGCUUGAAUCAGCUCUAUGAAGCUUGCGGCUCUUUUUGUACCAAACAGCUAUUAAAAUUUCGUGAGAAAGAAUUGGAAAAGGCCUUAGUAGCACCCGAUUGUCCGCCUGAUUUCAAGACGCAUGCCCCCACGAAGAAAAAAAUCUUCCGCCAAAUCUACAGCUUUUUGGGCAACGAUGAUCCGUUGGAUUUGCCAGCAAAAAUGAGACGGUUACUUGAUAUCUUGAGUGAAUUUCGUGACCUUGACAAUUCCGCAACUAGUAAUGAAGCUAAUGAAGGCGGGCCAGGGCCUUUGUGUGCAAUUGUGUUUGUAAAAGAACGUAUGACAGCAUACGUGCUCUAUCGAUGGAUGAAUGAGCUCUCCAAAAACUCGUUAUACAGUUUCAUCAACAGUUCAUUCAUUGUUGGGCAAAACCAGAACCCAUUUAAAAACGAUGGCAACCACGAAUCGUUCCAAAUGAACGCAAAGGCACAACGCAAAGUAAUGGCUGACUUUCGCGAGGGUAUUUACAACCUGAUAUUCGCCACGUCAGUCAUCGAGGAGGGCAUGGACGUACCAGUGUGUAACCUCAUAGUCCGGUUUGAUUUGCCACCAGAUGUCCGCUCAUAUACCCAGUCGAAGGGUCGCGCCCGUGCCAAGCCUUCACUGUACGUUGUACUCACAGACGAACGAAGCCAACGUAACACCGAGAACCUUAUAAACAGUUUUCAGGAGACUGAGUUCCUGGUAAUGCGAGCGUGUGAAAAACAGCGUCGUGCCCCUGAUUUGCUCGAAAGUAUUAAGGUGCUAGAAGAUGAUCCUGAUCUACCAGAUUACAUUGUUGGCGCAGCUCGUAUUUCAGCACAAAGUGCUGUAAGUUUGUUGUAUCGGUAUUGCCAAGGAUUUGCAUCAGAACCGUAUGCCGACGUGCUUCCUAGCUUCACGUUUGAAGAGACAACUGAUGGCUUCCUCUGUACUCUGAUGUUGCCACUGAUUUCACCACUUUGGCGAGAGCGUAUUACAAAUCCACAACCUUUUGAAAGUAAAAACAAAGCGCGCGUGUUUGUAGCCCUUGAAAUGUGUCGACGUUUGCAUAAAGCAGGCGAACUUACCGAUCGCCUGCUUCCUCGUCCACGUAUUGAAAGGUUGCAUAGGUUAAAGCUUACUGCAAGCGAUGAAAAGGCCCAGAAAGAGCUGCAAAAGGUCCAGAUUAAAACGGGAAGUAGUGCUCGUCGUUACGUGUUUCCCCGUGCACAGGCCUCAGCAUUACACAACUUGGAAGAAGGUGUAGAUGAGAAGCCUCCGGAAUUGGACAAGUACCACCUUUACGCCAUAUGUACGCAUGUCGUGAAGUGGGCAUCGGACAAGCAAAACUGGAGGGGCGAUAUGACCUUGUUCGACCCCCAGCAACACCCUACAUGGAUGGGGCUUGUUCUCAGAGAGAAGCUGCCCGACAAUCUUCCAAAAUUCCCGAUUUACACUCGAUCUGGAGAAGAAGAGGUGGAGGUGAUUUAUUCGGGGACAAUAUCACUUUCUCCCGAGGACAAACUGUUGUGCCACCGCUUCAACCGCUACAUUUUCUCUAUAGUCCUUGAUAUUAAAGACAAUUCUAUGCGUCAGUGCGUCGGAUUUAUUACGCCGUGCGUCGUUGCCGUAUACAACACAAGCCAUAAAAAAUUCAUUCUAAACAAAGACGUCAUGUGCUCUGUGGGCCCAGCGAGGCCUCCCCAAAAAGAACGGUUCGAAUUUGAUGAGGACAUGUACAAGGACGCCGUUGUGGAGUUGCUCUAUCACAUCAACGAGAACCUUCCAAAACACAAUCCAGAGGUUCACUCCCGUGUUCCGUGGGACGAAUACCAUCGGUACUACGUUCGCUCGACGCGUGCCUUAGGCGAAGAUGGAAAACCCCUUACUCCUCAUACAACAGGAUAUUAUAGUUUCAGCCUGCAAUUAAGUUUCGCUCAGUAUGUGAGCCAGAGGACCGUGCGAACGAACCGCAAUAACAUAACAAACGAUGACCAGCCACUACUCGAAGUGGAGCAUGUUCAGAAACGACUGGAGAUGACAAUUCCACGGUUUGCCGACCGCGCUGGGACCCAUUUCGCUGCACGUGAUAUCAAUAACGAUCGUGGCAGUAGCAAGGUUUACGUUCUGCCAGAGUUCGUAGCUAUACACGCGCUAAAAGCCAGUGUAUGGCGUAAAGCCACCUCGCUUCCGUCUAUUCUGCAUCGACUGAAUAGGCUAGCCGUCGCUGAUGAUCUAUUGGUGCGCAUUAUUAAUCAAGCUGGACUAGGCCGUCCCCUGCGUUGUGGAGAAAGUUGGGAGCCUCUACGGUUUGAGAGUCUUGCAGGUGAUAAAUCGGUUCAAACGGGCUUUCGAGAGUUUGGCCGUCUCAUGGCGAGUGAGUCGCGUGAAUUCGAUGAGCAGAAGCUUUUAGCAGGCAUGCAACUUUUAGAGCAGCCAGACUUAACCACCUGUUUGGGUCCAUCUCCGGGCGAUAUUAUGAAGGCCCUUUCUACAAAGCACGCGCACGACCUAUUCGACAUGGAACGUCUGGAACUGUUGGGUGAUGCCUUCCUACAGAUAGCAGCUACUUUUGCUUUGAUUGACCGCCACGCAAUGGAGACAACUCGCGAACUUGCUGUUCUUCGUCAGUACCAAGUGUGCAACCAGCAUUUACUUUACCGGGCUCUCGAACAUAACCUUACAAGUCUCGUAAACACAGUACCAUUCCAUGCCCGACGCUGUUUUCUUCCUCCGGGCUUUCAGGUAUGGCCCCACGAAGAACGAUUACUUGAGCCCGAUUUCCUCCGUGUCUUUCUUGGAACGUACGGUUACGAAUACAACGGUGAACUAAUGCUAAAGGACAUGCGCUUUGCUAUGUAUUACGACAAACUGCUCGAACAAAUACAGCAAAUGUCAGAGGAGGAAUUUCUCAUAGAGUUAAACCAGAACUUCCUUCAAGAUCGGUUUCUCCCUGAUAGAAACACCCUUCUCGUAAAGGGUUUCCAGAGCUACAAACCUAAGGUGGCUGGUGAUGUGGUAGAGGCGUUGAUCGGUCUUUACGUGGAAAAGUGCGGUCCUGUGGGUGGUCUUAAAUUGCUUAACUUUUUUGGUCUCGACUUCGGCAACACCCACACUCUAAACUUUAUUGAUGCGUUUAAGUUAAACAUAGCACCUGGCAAAGACACCAUUGAGCCCAAUGAUUUCACUCCAUUUCAGCAUCACAUAAAUCGUAUCGAAAAUAUACUGGGAUACGUAUUUCAAAACAAGGUUCUUGCCUUACAAGCUAUCACGCAUCCGUCAUGUCAAGCGCACCGUCUGACUGACACAAAUUGCCGGUUGGCGUUCCUAGGUGAAGGACUGCUUGAUUUUCUCAUUACCGUGUAUAUUUAUCGUAUGAACUUAAAACUUGACCAAGGACAAUUGACUGAUUUACGAGCGGCUCUGACUAAUAGCCAAAUCUUGGCCCAUGCAGUUGUUAAGAACAAGCUACAUUCUUCGCUAUUGUAUGCCAAUAACAAAUUAUGGACAGCGAUCAGGAAAUAUAUUGAUAAUAUCGAGGAAAUCGGAUUGCGACUGAAUACGGUGCUAGGCGACUGGGAGACAGAGGAUCUUGAAGAGGCCAGUGUACCGCGAUCUCUUUCUCGUAUUUUGGAGGCUCUUCUUGCUGCUGUAUUUUUGGAUUCAGAUAAAUCCUUAGAACAAGUCUGGAAGAUUAUCGUCAAAAUAAUGGGAUAUGAAAUUUCUGUGUUCUCUAAACACAUACCGAUCUCACCUAUUCGGGAGGUUUGCACGAAAUUUCCGGGUACAUCGUUCAAAAAGCGUGACAUACCUGCUGACGAAGACGAGGAUAUGGUGGAAGUUACAAUGUACGUAAAGCUGAAGGAUGGUACCAUAGAAGAGUACACCCAGCAAGCCGAAACGAAAAAGCUAGCGAAGACGAUCCUUGCUAAGAAAUAUCUUAGACGACUAGAGAAAGAAGAGCUACUAGCUGAGAUUGAACGCCGCAAAAGAGAGGGUGAGGACACAGAAGUUGUGCGCAUUCUUGAAGACGCCCUGUUAGGGUCAGAACUUAUAAAAUCUAAAUACUAUCACAAAAAAAAAUAAAUAUUGAAAAUAACAGUGACAAAAUUCCAACAAAAGGGCACAAAUUGUACGUAUAACAUGAACGUCAAAACAAUAAAAAGAAAUUCAAAAAACACUUUUUCAGUUAAAAAUUAGGGUAAAGAGGAUGGUUUAUAGAAUUGACCGUAGAGUCCAGGAUCGAAAAGGUAGUUAUCUGUAUUGCAAUGAAAGAGAACGAAAAAUCGAGAGCUGACAGCGAUACUGACAAGUAUUCAGUGAAUAGCGUUUACGUAAAUAAAGCGUAAAUAAAUGUGGUACAAUUACGGCA